AGCUCCGACGAAGGACAUGCGCAACAUUUGGCUUCAGCUUGAAGCAAAGCGCACUCACCCCCCCCCCUCUUUCUCACACACACACACACACACCCUUGACUUGGAGAAACGCGGAGGGCGGGAGGGAGGUCGGGGACAUACUCUUAGCAACUGAGAAGGGGGAACCGAUUUGCUCUUGGUUCCCCCGCGACGCGGGGCGGAUCUAACAGGGGCCGCCUCCUCCGAGGCCUUCUCAUUGGUUGCUCAAAGAUUCCCGUGCCUCCCGGUCGGUCCGUUAAAUGGGGCAUCAUUAGAAAGGAAAGCCCGAUUUCGGAAAGCGCGGAGUGGAGAAGCGUUGGUUGGGAGCGCGUGCCGGCAGGCUGGCCUGCGGAAAGGGUUCAACGGGCCACAGGGAGGCGCGCUAUAUACGCGAGUGGAUUAUUCCUUCCCCAGAACCUCACCGACGGCGCCCGGGACGCGAGAACAGCGGACACCGCGCGGAGCUGCGCGGGGAAGUGGCGCCCCGCAGGACUCGAAAGGCCGGAGCUUAGACGCAGAGGCGUUGGGGAGGCGGGAGCCUGGCCUCGGAGGGUGGCGGAGGAAGGCUCCAUGAUUGGCAAGGACGGCAGAGUUGAGCCGCUGCUUUGCCAGCCUCCGGCCUCCAGCCUCCACCGCCGGCUCUGAACAUGGCUGGCUCUUCUCCUCCGCCUGCUUCGGCUGAGUUUCCGCACGAGGAUGCACCGUGAUGACUGCCACAAAGCGGGGACAGCAUCUCGGGCGGCGCGAGCAGCACCAUCUUUUCCAGCAGCCGCCGAGAGCUCGGUUGUAAUGGAAACUGGGGGCGAUGCCAGCACAGCCCCUCCGCGGAGGGGAGGCGACGGCGAGUUAGCAACUGCUGGUGUAGCAGAAGCCGCCGGUUUCCAAGCCGCCGCCGCCGCUCGCCCACCGGCUCCUGCGGGGGGAAAGGAUAUGAAUAUGGAUGAUAGGCCAGGCAGCGCUAGUCGAGGCGGCGGCGGCGGCAGCGUGGAUCCUGCUGCAGUGCCGAAAGGCGGCAGAACCGCGGCCCCCGCCCCCUUUCCCCGUGUGCCUUACGCCAAAGAUCCCAAAACAGCCUACCAGCGCUUUCUGCGGAGGAGUGUGGUGGAUUCCGAUCAGGAGGAGCCCCACUUUGAACCCGCGGAGCCGCAGCAGCAGCAGCCCAAGAAGAUCCUCAUCCUCUCCAAAACCAGGCGGAUAAUCGCCGAGAAGGGGAAAGCGGGGCAGAGGCCUGUGGUGGUGGAAGAGACGCGACCGGGAGAGGAGCCCGCCGGCCAGGUGAAGGGGGUGGCCGCCGAGAGGCUCUCGGCAGGUGACCAGGCGAAGGAGGGCGGCGGCAAGGAGGAUGCCGGGAAAAAAGAGGUGCCCGAAUCUUCCAAGGAUCAGGCCAAGUCCAAGAAAGAGGAGGCCGAAGAAGAGGAGGAGGAGGCCGAUAUGAAGGCGGUGGCCACCUCCCCCGAUGGCAGGUUCCUAAAGUUUGAUAUUGAACUUGGCAGAGGAUCUUUCAAAACGGUCUAUAAGGGGCUCGACAUGGAAACGUGGGUUGAAGUUGCUUGGUGCGAACUUCAGGAUCGAAAGCUGACAAAAAUGGAACGGCAAAGAUUUAAAGAAGAAGCGGAAAUGUUGAAAGGUCUUCAGCACCCAAAUAUUGUUAGGUUUUAUGAUUUUUGGGAGUCGUGUUUAAAAGGGAAAAAGUGUAUUGUGCUGGUAACAGAACUGAUGACCUCCGGAACUCUGAAAACCUAUUUGAAGAGAUUUAAAGUGAUGAAACCAAAAGUUCUUCGUAGCUGGUGUCGGCAAAUCCUAAAAGGUCUUCAUUUUCUGCACACUCGAACACCACCAAUUAUUCAUAGAGAUUUAAAAUGUGACAAUAUUUUUAUAACUGGGCCAACUGGAUCUGUGAAGAUAGGAGAUUUGGGUCUGGCAACUCUUAAGAGAACUUCAUUUGCCAAAAGUGUCAUAGGUACUCCAGAAUUUAUGGCCCCAGAAAUGUAUGAAGAACACUAUGAUGAAUCAGUGGAUGUAUAUGCUUUUGGAAUGUGUAUGUUGGAAAUGGCUACCUCAGAAUAUCCAUAUUCAGAAUGCCAGAAUGCUGCUCAAAUUUAUAGGAAAGUAACCUCUGGUGUCAAACCAGCAAGUUUUGAUAAAGUUACUGAUCCUGAAAUUAAGGAGAUAAUUGGAGAGUGUAUUUGCAAAAAUAAAGAAGAGAGAUAUGAAAUUAAAGAUUUAUUAAGCCAUGCCUUCUUUGCUGAGGAUACUGGGGUGAGAGUGGAACUUGCAGAAGAAGACGAUGGUAGGAAAUCCUCUAUUGCCUUAAGACUCUGGGUAGAAGAUGCUAAGAAAUUGAAAGGGAAGUCCAAAGAUAAUGGAGCCAUUGAGUUUACUUUUGAACUGGAGAAAGAAACUCCUGAUGAUGUUGCACAAGAAAUGGUUGAUGCCGGAUUCUUUCAUGAAAGUGAUGUCAAAAUAAUUGCAAAAUCAAUACGAGACAGAGUAGCCUUAAUACAGUGGAGAAGAGAGAGGAUAUGGCCCAGGUUGCAUUCAGAAGAUCAUCGGGAGCCAGAAAGCUUAGAAAAAACGAAGGCCACACAAGCACAACCACUUCAGAUUACACACCUUUCUCAUGCUGGUCAUCAGAUUCCAUCAGAACCAGACGAGCCUGAAGUGGACCAGCAUCUUUCUCAACAAAAUCUGCCCACAAGCAUCACUUCACUUGCAUCUGAUAGCACAUUUGACAGUGGUCAAGGAUCAACUGUGUACUCAGACUCCCAGAGUAGCCAGCAAAGUGUGAUCUACUCAUCGAUUCCUGAUGCAAUACCUCCAGCUGUUCACCGUGUUUAUAGCCCACCUCUCAGUGAGAGCCAGACUUUGCCACAUGGUCUUCAGCAGAUAGGGCCCUACCAGCAACCCACCGUACCUGGAUUUCCAGUGGUUCAGGGUCCAACUGCUGUUGUGCCUCCACAGCCACAACUGUAUCCAGAACCAGCAAUUCCAUUUCCUAUUGUCCAUCCCGCCUCAGUUGCCCCUGUGCAGAUGAGACAACCUCAGCCUGUAUUAGUCAGCCAGCAGCAAUCCAUCUCAAGCCCAGCCCCUUUGCAGCAAGUUCUGAGCAAUCAGCCCGUGUGCCCAGUACAGCAACCUGCACCUCACCUGUUGUCCCAGUUUCAAACACCCAGUUCUCAUAUGGCAGCUACCAGUAUACCACUGGCACCUCUGCAGGUCCCCCCUGUGCAAUCAGUUCCACCUGCUCAAAUUCCUCAGUUUCCCAUCAUUCCUACAGUCACCCCUCUGGCAGGACUUGACAGUCAUCCUUCAAGCCUGUCUGAUAUACCUGCUGCAAAUAUGCCCCCCAACCCUGCUCCUUCUCAAUAUUUUCCUUCAACUGUGAUAAUACCUGUGAACUCAGCUCUGCCACUGUCAUCAAAUUCCCCUGCCCUCCCCAUGCAAGCAGUCAACCUUCCUCAUACUAAUGUGGCUUCCUUGGUCUUACCCUGCCAAACAAUUGUGCCAAAUAUGCCGGCUGCUCCAGUACCAUUACUUCCUAUGCAUCCGCCGGGAGUGUCAGCUUUACCAACACAUCAUGCAGCAGCCCAGCUCUCCCAACAACAAAUGUACCAGGCUACCCUCCAGCAGAUAAUGCAGAACGAAGCUAUGUCUUCUCCCCUCCACACUCAGAAUAUGCAAGCAGUUUCACAACAGCAGCAACAGAUGCUGUCUUCACUUCCACAGUCACUUCAGCCAAGCAUAAUUCAUCCUUCAGAACAGGCUAUGUCUGCUUCUGGGGCUGGUAAUCAGAUUAUUGGACAUCCUCAGUACGCUGUGGAUAUUGGAACCCAUAUACCUGCAUUGCCACUGCAAGCUUCUGCCAUUAUAUCACCACCAUUGCAAUUGCAGCCUGAAGCAAUGCUGCCAUGUAUUGCUUCAGAUGGACUUUCACAAAACAAUCUUGGCACAACUAAUUCAGCAAUGUUGGUAGAUCAGGGCUUGCCCCUUCAGUGUUCUAUUUACCCGCAAUCUCAGUCAGACAGUCACCAGCUUCCUGGCCAGCAGGUUCUAACUACAUGUCCAGCUGUCCCAGUAGCUUCAGAACCUCCUCAAGAGACGGAGCAAGCAGUACUGGAGAAACAGCAGUCACUGUCACAGAGCUGCGAAAGUUAUAUGAGUCCUGAUGUUGCUUCUGGUAAAGAGAUGAGUGACAGUUUUGAAGGAACAAGUGGAGGUGGGAAACAAGAAGGAAAACCUUCAAAGAAACAUAAAAAAUCGGCACGUGCUCGUUCGCGCCAGGAAAAAUCCAAUAGGCCCAAGCUUACCAUUUUAAAUGUAUGCAAUACAGGGGAUAAGAUGGUGGAAUGCCAACUAGAAACACACAAUCACAAGAUGGUCACUUUUAAAUUCGAUUUAGAUGGUGAUGCUCCAGAGGAAAUUGCUACAUAUAUGGUUGAAAAUGAAUUUAUACUACCAACUGAGAAAGAAAUAUUUAUUGAGCAACUGAAAGAAAUUAUUGACAAAGCAGAAGAUAUGCUUAGUGAAGAUACUGAAGGGGAACGAAGUUCUGAUCAAGGUGUCAGCCCUCAACAAGAUACCUACAAGCUUGAAAUCAAUGAGGAGAAUCGCCAAUCCCAUGCAAGAACGCCCAUCUACCAACAGAAUGUACUGCAUACUGGGAAACGUUGGUUUAUCAUUUGUCCCGUUGUGGAAAAUCAAGCUGCUGAAGUACCAGAAUUCUCUUCUCAUGCGCCUCAAAGUGCAAAGCAGUCUGACGCCCCAGGUCUGGAGCUGUUGGAUGACCAGCAACAGAGCUCUGCAGUGACAGAAAAACAAACAAGCAUAGCUUAUCAACAUAUUUCUAAUCAACUUAGCUCCAAUGAGUGUCCCAGGGGAACUCCUCCUCCUUCUCCUUUAACACAAGUUUCUGUUCCAUCUUCAUUAACUUCCCUUUCACAGGUCCAUCCAAUGUUAGCUUCAACCACACUAGAAAAAAUUGCUGAAAGUACAAGUCACCUAGAAUGCCCUUUGCCACAGUCAGUCUUAGCCAGUCAGUGUGACACCCCUGCCCAUUCUACAGCUACAUCUGAAGAACGUUUUGAGGGUAAGGUCCCUCAAAAUACCUCACAGCACACAGUACAAAAGAAAGAUGAGAAAAUUUGUUUUCCCAAUGUAGAACAUGAACGCAGCACAGCUGGACCGCCAAAACCAUUUCAGUCUGUUCCUGUGCAGACAACAGAAAGUCCUUUCACUGUCAUCUCUGAUGCUCCUCUUUUGGAACUUCAGUCUUCAACCCAAACCCCCAGUUUGUCAGACAAUACUCAACUUGGCCAGAUAUCACAUUCUUUUGUAGACCAGAUACCUCCCAUACCUGCUGUCUCUGAACUUCCGGUUUCAGCAACAUCUCAACUUUCAAGUCCUCCUCAUCUCUCAACAGCUGUAUCCCAAUUGCAUAUGCCAACCCAGUCCCAGCCGGUUGCAUCCACUGGCUCUGCCAUGACUGCACCUCAACCACCUUGUAUGGUAGAAUCAGAUGGUGAAGGACCACCAAGAGUUGAUUUCACUGACAACACAAUAAAAAGUUUGGAUGAGAAACUUCGCAACCUGCUGUAUCAAGAGUAUAUUCCAACAUCAUCUGCUUCAGCAGCAACACCAGACCAAGUGGAUGGUGAAUUUAAUCUGGCAUCUUUGCCUGCACUUGUGUUAGAUUUGAAAAUUCCUGGAGUUGGCUUGGAUGCUCACGUGGCUGAAGAUCAAUCCUCUCCAAUUCUGGCAAAACAAUCUGAUGUUACAAGCACCGGAAUCCAGCAUUCAGAAAUAAACAAAGCAGGUCAAGAUGUAAAUGUCAGUUCACCUACUACUAUCUUAACAUCAGGAUACACUCAGGUUGUUUCUUCUUCACUUACAGAAGACCAGAAGGACAUUGCCAAGAAAAACAAAUAUCAAAAAGAUGGUUUUAUAGACUCCAAUGUCAAAGAAGCGGAAACACCAGCAAAAACUAUAGGCAGAUUUUCAGUGAUCAGCACUCAGGAUGAAUUAACUUUAUCAUCUGUGCAUUCCUUGAGGUAUUCUGCACCCCCAGAUGUUUAUCUGGACAAUCAGCCUUCUAGCCCUGAUACAAAGUCACCUCUGCGCCGUGUGCAGACAGCUUCCUCUUUUGAUGUUCUUUAUGGAAAGGAUUCCAGUGAUUCUGGAGAUGAAUCUUUUCCAGGAAAACAAGAUGUGUCUGCACUGUCACCUCAGAGCAAUAGACUGGGAAAUGACAACAUUAAAAAGACUUCAUGUAUUCUGCAAAAGUCAGUAAAGUCAAGUUCACAGGGCCUUAAUUCUCCAAAUGGUCAUGGAUCAAAAAUCCCAACUAUCAACAUAACUUCUUUCCAUUCUCAGUCAUCAUACGUGAGUAGUGACAAUGACUCAGAGUUUGAAGAUGCAGACAUGAAAAAAGAAUUGCAGAACCUGAGAGAAAAACACAUGAAGGAAAUUACUGAAUUGCAGUCCCAACAGAAAAAAGAAAUAGAAGCUUUGUACUUCCGUCUGGGAAAACCACUGCCACCCAAUGUUGGGUUCCUUCAUUCUGCUCCACCAAGUGGCCGCCGAAGAAGAACAAGCAAGCACAAAUUAAAAACUGGGAAAUUGCUAAACCCCGUUGUCCAGCAGCUCAAAACAUCAAGUACAAGCAAUAUAUCAGAGCAUAAAGACCCUUUGGCUAAGGGAAGCACUAGAGCUCAAACAGACUCUACUGAAGCAACAGGACUGACUGUGUCCACAUCAGCCAUACUUGAGAGCUCAGUUCAGACUCAGCAACCUUGCUCUGUCAAGGCUUCAUUAUCCUCUGACAUUUGCUCUGGAGUAGCUUCUGAAGGAGGUGAUGUCCGUGGAAAUUCUGGCCAAGGCUGGACGGUUUUCCACCAAACGUCUGAGAGAGUGACCUAUAAAUCUAGUAGCAAACCUCGUACCAGAUUCCUCAGUGGACCUGUGUCUUUGUCCAUCUGGUCCACCCUGAAACGACUAUGUCUAGGCAAAGAUCACAGUAGUAGAUCUUCAGCAAACAGCCUUGUAGCAUAUCCAGAUCCUCUACCACAAACAACAAUACAGGUUCAGGUACAAGCCAACAACAGUAACAACAAGAAAGGAACCUUCACAGAUGAUCUCCACAAAUUGGUGGAUCAAUGGACAAGCAAAACCGUGGGAGCUGUACAAGCAAAGCCAUCCUUAAACCAACUUAAACAGAAUCAAAAACGGCAAGACAUGGAGCCCAAGGCUAAUCCCACGCAGACACAGAAUGAGACCUGUGGAGUUAAUGCAGCAAGAACAGGAAUGGGGAAAAAGUGUGUUGUUCCAGUGACUUGUCCACUGUCAGCUGCAUUAACUUCUGGAGUUCCACCAUCCCAGCCAGUGCCUAUGCCAGGUACUCUCCUAACUGGCCCAGUCAAACCUUAUGUGAUGCCUCUUGGUCAGUAUGGAGGAGUUCUCCCUACGACCUUCUUUGGAGUGCCCUGGUCGGGCCCAACCACCCAGCCAGGGAUGAGAGGAGGCCAGAGCAUUGCACAGUUUCCAGCUCUUGGCCCCAGUAGCUUCCAGUUGUUUCCGGUGCCCCUGCAGAGGCCCUAAUUUGGAAUGACCUCAGUAGCUGACUUCCAAAUGGCAACCAUCCAGUGCUUAGCUCCUAGGCAAUCUGUUUCUCCCUGCUGGCCCCAUUCAGGCUCACUAGUUCAUUAGCCAUGCCCCCCUCAGGCCGGCCUGGUGGAAUGCUUUCCCACCAAUCUGUGUGCUCUUUGGCAAUCCUUCCUUCUCCUUCAUUGCCGAAGACGGUUGAGAUUCUUCUCUGGUGUUUGAAACAGCUACGUUCAACACUAACGUACUUGAAUGGAUGGGUAGGAGAACAGUACUGAUCUUACAAGAGUAUAGUGCCUUGAAUUCAAGCUUUUCAGUUCAAACUGGGAAGGUUAAAAUUAUCACAACAAUAACUGAAAGGUGUACUUUAUUUACAAACUGCUUGGGAAAGCUUAACUUUUUUAUUUGCAAAAAUGCAAAGAUAUAAAUUGAAUGGUGACAGUUUACAUCUGAAAUUCUUGACCAGUUUUAUUUUCUCCUGUUAAAUGCUUUUAAUUUUAACCAGCAGUUAAGUGGCGUGUUUGGUAGUUUAAAUUUUUAACCCCCUCUCUGACUGGGGCUCCAGCCCUUUGAGUAAAGCAUAAUGAAAUGGAUUGCUUUGUUGUUACUGAAGAAACCUGAAUGUAAGUUGUAUCUCUGUGUUUGAGGGGAAAAAAUUAUUAUGUGGUCUUUCUGGAAAAGCAGUUGCAAGUGACAACUUCUCUUUUUCUUUCAAACAGCAAAUUUGGCAGGCAGAUGCCCUUCCCCCUCUGAUAUUCAACUGUAACAUUUUUUGCCAUCUUCUGAACAAACGAUCUAAUUCAGUUACAUUACAAACCUUGCAUGUUUCAUGUGUGAAAUACGCUUAACCAUAAUUCUUGACAUUAGAACAACAGCCCAAAGUUAUUGUAAGAUCUUUGUAAGUACGGAAGUCUCCUUGCAUGUGAUCUGCCUGUCCACCAAAUGCUUAAGAGUAUUCUCCGUGAAAUGGAAUUGGCUUUUGACUUGUGCUUCCUUUCUUCUUACAUUUGCUUUAUGUUACCGUAUGUAGACGGUAGACGUAUGUUGCAUUGUCACCUGUCAGUCUAAAGGCACACAAGAGCCAUUCACUAUUUAUUUGCAGGUUGGCAAGUCUUUGUUCCUUUGGUGGAAAAAGGAGCAAAGAAUCCCAUCUACAAAUAUAAUGGCACACUCAGAAUCACAGUACUAGAGCCGAAGGCACACUGCUUGCACUUUGCCACUCUCAAUAUGGCAGCAGUAUUUUUAAACUGCCUGCUGAAGGGGUGGAGCUGUUUGGCGCUGCCCAUCUGUUAUUUGUAUGAGUCUACUGUACUUUGAGCAUUCGAGAACUGUCUGCAAUAUUUUGUUGGUACCAUUGAAUAUGAUGCCGUCAAUUCUGUUAGAAUUGAAUUUUGUAGAACUUGACGCAGUCUUCUGCCUGGGGAGAAUACAUCUACAGUAAGAGAUUUCUGUUCUCUGUAACAUGUAUCUUUACAUUGUUUGAGACUUUAUUUUAGAUUCAUGUAUGUAUGCUUUAUGAGCAUAAACACCGAAAAUGUCUUCUCACUGUCUUCUCCCUUUCGCUUGCACUGAAACUUCCCAUUUGCCACGACUGCCUGUUGUACAGCCUGUUUCAGCCCUUGUAUAUGAUGGUCAGUGGUAUAACCUCUCACUACCAAGAGAAUGUAUAUAUUCAAGAAAAGGAAAAAAAAUAAACAUUUUUGUGCUUGAAAAAAAA